UUCUGUUUUCUCUCAGCCUGUAGGUGAGUGAGCUUGUCAGUUGGUCGGUGUGCGUCGGUGGCAGCAGCAGCAGCCAUGCCAUAUAAAGGGGAGUGCGGGGACGAUGUGGACCCCAUGCCCUUCCUGGUUCCCUCAGAGAAGGAGCUCCAGGAUGCUAUGAGCAAAUCAUACGACAUCAAGCGCUCCUGCUGGGUCAAAGAUGAGAAGGAGGCUUUCAUUGCCGGGGAGAUCCAGUCUGAAGAUGGGGACAAACUCACCGUCAAGACCUCCAAGAACACUACUGUGAGUGUGAGGAAGGAUGAUGUCCAGCAGAUGAACCCUCCAAAGUUCUUCCAAGCCAGCGACAUGGCCAACCUCACGUUCCUCAAUGAGGCCAGCGUCAUGGAAAACCUGCGCAGCCGCUACAUCAACAUGAGGAUCUAUACCUACUCAGGCCUCUUCUGUGUGACAAUCAACCCAUACAAGUGGCUGCCCAUUUAUGGCGCUAAAGUGGCCCAGAUAUACAAGGGGAAGAAACGCAAUGAAGUUCCUCCUCACCUCUUCUCCAUCUCUGACAAUGCCUACCAUGACAUGCUGAUGGAGCAUGAGAACCAGUCUAUGCUUAUCACUGGAGAAUCUGGUGCUGGCAAGACUGAAAACACCAAGAAGGUUAUCCAGUACUUUGCCAAUGUUGGAGCCUCUGGGUGCAAAGUCCCCGACUCCAAGGCAAGUGGUCUUUGUGUACAUGGCUCUUUGGAGGACCAGAUCAUUCAGGCUAACCCAGUGCUGGAGGCAUUUGGCAAUGCCAAGACCAUCAGGAACAACAACUCCUCACGCUUUGGAAAGUUCAUCCGGAUCCACUUUGGGCCAACAGCUAAGCUGGCUGGCGCCGACAUUGAGAGCUAUCUGCUGGAGAAAUCAAGAGUGAUUUCACAGCAGGCUGCUGAGAGAGGUUACCACAUCUUCUACCAACUCCUGUCUGGAAGGAAGCCAGAACUCUUAGAGGCUCUGCUGCUGAAACCAGACCCCAAACAGUAUGUGUGGGUGUGUCAGGGAGUCACUGUGGUGGAUAACGUGGAUGAUGGGGAGGAACUGCUGCUCACUGAUGAAGCCUUUGAUGUCCUGGGCUUCACUUCUGAGGAGAAGAUGAGUGUGUACAAGUUGACUGGAGGCAUAAUGCACUUCGGUAACAUGAAGUUCAAACAGAAAGCCAGAGAGGAACAGGCUGAUGUGGAUUCCACUGAGGUGGCUGACAAAGUCGCCCACCUCAUGGCAAUCAACGCUGGGGAGCUGCAGAAGGGCAUUACACGCCCCAGGGUCAAGGUUGGCAACGAGUUUGUGACCAAAGGUCAGAACCAGGACCAGUGUGUGUACUCCAUCGGUGCUCUGGCAAAGGCCAUCUAUGACCGCAUGUUUAAGUGGAUGGUACACCGCAUCAAUAAGACCUUGGACACCAAGAUGCAGCGACAGUACUUCAUAGGAGUGCUGGACAUUGCUGGGUUUGAGAUCUUUGAGUUCAACAGCUUUGAGCAGCUGUGCAUCAACUUCACUAAUGAGAAGCUGCAGCAGUUCUUCAACCACCACAUGUUUGUGCUGGAGCAGGAAGAGUACAAGAAGGAGGGCAUCGACUGGGUCUUCAUUGAUUUCGGCUUGGACCUCCAGGCCUGCAUCGACCUGCUGGAGAAGCAUAUGGGGAUCUUCUCCAUCCUGGAGGAGCAGUGUGUGUUUCCAAAGGCAACAGACGCAACCUUCAAAGCAUCUCUGUAUGAAAACCACCUGGGCAAGUCCCCCAACUUCCUCAAGCCGAAAGGGGGGAAGAAAGGACCCGAGGUCCACUUUGACCUGGUGCACUAUGCCGGCACUGUGGGCUACAACAUCGCCGGCUGGCUGGAGAAGAACAAAGACCCUCUGAAUGAGACGGUGGUGGGACUCUUCCAGAAGUCCUCAUUACCGCUGCUGGCUCAGCUCUUCAAAGAGGAGGAGGCCGCUUCAGGAUCCAAGAAACAGAAGAAAGGCUCAUCCUUUCAAACUGUCUCUAACUUCUACAGGGAGCAACUGAACAAGCUGAUGAGCACCCUGCGAAGCACUGCUCCCCACUUUGUCCGUUGCAUUGUGCCCAAUGAAUACAAGAAACCAGGUGUGACAGAUAACUUUCUGAUCCUGCACCAGUUAGCCUGUAACGGCGUGCUGGAGGGCAUCCGCAUCUGCAGGAAAGGAUUCCCCAACAGACAACAGUACCCAGAGUUCAAACAAAGGUACUAUAUCCUCAACCCCAACGUCAUCCCUAAGGGAUUCGUUGACAACAAGAAGGCGUCUGAGCUCAUCCUCAGUUCAAUUGGCCUGGAUAAUAUGGAGUACCGGAUUGGCCACACCAAGGUGUUUUUCCGCGCGGGCGUCCUGGCAAAGCUGGAGGACAUGCGUGACGAGCGGCUGGCGAAGAUCAUGACCAUGCUGCAGGCUCAACUCAGAGGAACUCUGAUGAGGAUCGAGUUUAAGAAGAUGGUGGACAGACGAAUUGCACUGAUGGCCAUCCAACGCAACGUGAGGAAGUUCCUUCAGUUACGCUUCUGGGGCUGGUGGAAACUCUACACUAAGGUGAAGCCCCUGCUGAUGGUCGCCCGUCAGGAGGAGAUGUUCAAGGAGAAGGAAGAGGAGCUGAGGGUGGCAGUGGAGAGGGUGAAGGAGCUGGAGGGUAAGAUCAAAGAUCAGGAGGAGAAGAUGGUCACUCUGUCACAGGAGAAGAACGACCUCGCCCUGGCGCUGGCUGCAGAGCAGGACACGCUGGGUGAUGCUGAGGAGCGCUGCACCCAGCUGAUGCACCAAAAGGUCCAGCUGGAGGAGUCAGUGCAGGAUCUGCGUGAGCGCCUGGAGGAGGAAGAAGGGAACACCGCCUCCCUCCAUGGCCAGAGGAGACAGCUGGAGGGGGAGCUGAAUGAACUGAAGAGAGAUCUGGAGUCACUGGAGUCCACACUGGCCAGGACCGAGAAGGAGAAACAGGGUCUGGACUACAAGGUGCGAACUAUGACAGGUGACCUGAGCCAGAGGGAUGACCAAAUCAGCAAACUGCAGAAGGAAAGGAGAGCUCUGGAGGAACUGCAACAGAAAACUCUGGAGGAUCUCCAAACAGAGGAAGACAAAGUCAACCAUCUGACCAAGACCAACAGCAAGCUCAACUCCCAAGUGAAUGAGCUGGAGGACAGCUGGGAGCAGGAGAAGAGGAUCAGAGCGGAGGUGGAGAAAGCGAGGAGGAAGGCAGAGGGAGACCUGAAGAUGACGAUCGAGAACCUGAACGAGAUGGAGAACACUAAGAUCGACCUCGAAGAAGUCAUUAAGAAGAGAGACUUUGAGAUCAACAACAUGAACUCAAAGCUGGAGGACGAACAGUCUCUCAGCACCAUGCUCACCCGCAAGCUUAAAGAGCACCAGAGCCGCAUCGAGGAGCUGGAGGAGGAGCUGGAGUCUGAACGAGCCAUGAGAGCCAAGGUGGAGAAGCAGAGGGCAGAGCUAUCCCGAGAUCUGGAGGACCUCAGUGAUAGGCUGGAGGAGGUGGGAGGGGCCACCGUCGCCCAGAUCGAGCAGAACAGGAAGCGGGAGACGGAGCUGCUGAAGCUGAGGCGGGAGCUGGAGGAAUCAGCGCUCCAGUCAGAGGCCACGGCAGCAGCACUGAGGAAGAAGCACUCAGAUGCGAUGGCAGAGAUGGGCGAGCACCUGGAGAACCUGACCAGGCUGAAGGUUAAACUGGAGAAGGACAAACAGAGCAUGAAGGCGGAGAUUGAAGAUCUCAACGCCACAAUGGAGGCCAUUCAGAAAGCGAAGAUGAACUCUGAGGCCCACGCCCAUAAACUGGAGGACAACCUGGCAGAGGCCAACGCUCGCCUGGCUGAGAUGGAACACACUCAGACUGAGCUCAACACCGCCAAAAUCCAUCUGACUGCGGAGAACAACGAUAUCAGCAGAGAGUUGGUGGACGUGCAGAGUAAGCUGACGCAGGUGACCAGGCUGAAGGCCUCCCUCACCACACAGAUCGACGAGCUCAAGCGACAGGUGGACGAGGAGAGCAAGGGCCGUAACACAGCAGUGGUGGGCCUGGCCAACGCCCGCCACGACCUCUCCCUGAUGAAAGAGCAGCUGGAGGAGGAGUCAGAAGCCCGCGGGGAGCUACAACGCCUUGUGUCCAAGCUCAAUGCGGACGUCACCUCCUGGAGGAGCAAGUAUGAGACGGAUGCCAUCCACCGCACCGAGGAGCUGGAGGAGACGAAGCGCAAACUCGCAGCGCGUCUCCAGGAGGCUGAGGAGGCAGCGGAGGCGGCCCAAGCCAGAGCUGCCAGCUUGGAUAAGGUCAAGCAGAGGCUGCAGGGAGAGGUGGAGGACCUCACCAUAGACCUGGAGAGGUCCAACGCGGCGGCAGCAGCUCUGGAUAAGAAGCAGCGAGUUUUCGACAAGCUUGCGGCCGAGUGGACCCAGAAGAACGAGGAGCUGCAACUGGAACUGGACAACAGCCAGAAGGAGAGCCGCUCGUACAUGACGGAGCUCUACAAGCUGAAGACGGCCUACGAGGAGAGCCAGGAUCAGAUAGAGGCCGUCCGCAAGGAGAACAAAACCCUCUCAGAGGAGAUCAGGGAGUUGGUUGAGCAGCUUGGCGAAGGAGGCCGCAGCGUCCACGAGCUGCAAAAGGCAAAGAAGAAACUGGAAGUGGAGAAGGAGGAGCUGCAGCUGGCUCUGGAGGAGGCCGAAACUUCACUAGAGGUGGAGGAAGGUAAGCUGGUCCGUGUGCAGCUGGAACUCGCUCAGGUCAAGGCUGACAUCGACCGCAGGAUCCACGAGAAGGAGGAGGAGUUUGAAGUCACCAGAAAGAACCAUGCGCGUGCAGUGGAGUCUCUGCAGGCCAGCCUGGAGGCAGAGGCCAAAGGUCGUGCCGAGGCUUUGAGGAUGAAGAAGAAGAUGGAGGGCGACUUGAACGAGAUGGAGAUCCAGCUGGAGCACGCCAACCGGAACAACGCAGAGCUGGUCAAAACCCUCAAGAAGCUGCAGCAGCAGAUCAAAGAUCUGCAGGUGCAGAUGGACGAGGACGCCCGUCAGCACGACGAGCUGAGGGAGAAGUACAGCCUGCAGGAGCGGCGUCUGUGCCUGAUGCAGGGAGAGAUGGAGGAGCUGAGAGGAGGCCUGGAGGCAUCUGAGAGGGCCCGUAAACAGAUCGAGCAGGAGCUGGUGGAAAUCACGGAGAGGUUCAGUGAGGUCAACAUGCAGAACCAAAGUCUGACUAUCCUGAAGAGAAAACUGGAGGCCGAUCUCGCCCGAUUGUCCAGCGAGAACGAAGAGCUGAUCUCAGAGUUUCGCUCUGCUGAUGAGAGAGCCAAGAAGGCUGUGACUGAUGCGACGCGACUCUGUGAGGAGCUUCGGCAGGAGCAGGACCGCAGCUCCCACCUGGAGAAGAUCAAGAAAAAUCAGGAGCAGAACAUCCGAGACCUCACACUGAGGCUGGAGGAGGCUGAGCAGCAGGCUCUGAAGGCCGGGAAACGGGCCAUCCAGAAACUGGAAACCAGGAUCAAGGAGCUGGAGAAUGACCUGGACCAGGAGCAGAAGCGCCACAUGGAGACGGUGAAAAACCUCCGUAAGGGAGAGCGUCGACUCAAAGAGCUGAUCUUCCAGACGGAGGAGGACCACAAGACCAAUCAGCGCAUGCAGGAGCUGGUGGAGAAACUCCAGAACAAGCUCAAGUCCUACAAGCGACAGAUAGAGGACGCUGAGGAGCAGGCCAACAGCAGCCUGUCUAAAUACAGGAAGACCAUCCAUGAACUGGAUGACGCCGAGGAGCGCGCAGAGGUGGCAGAGAUGACCCUGAAUAAGAUGAGGAUGAGGAACCGAGCCUCCACCACUAAGGGCUUCACCUCGGUGGAGAUCGUCCAGGUCACCAAGCCUAGCAGCGGGGGACAGGAAGGGUAGAAAGGAAAAGAGACGCACACACACCGCUAGCAGAGUGACACACACCCAUCCAGCCCUCCAGAGGACGCUUCACUGAGGAAGUACGAGCUCAGGCUCCCCGAGGAAAGUCUUAAAACGGCCCAGAGCUUCUUAGAAAGUCUUAAAUAAUUAAAACAGUCUUUAACAUCACCAAUAGUCUUAAUCAAUGUAGUGUUAGGAUUGCUCACUUAACCUGUAGUCGGUUUUAGCUCGCACGCUAUGUUUUACUGCCUUGACUGUACUGUGUGUGUCCGCAGGCUUUGAAUGUUCACCUGAACGUGUUUCACUGUCAGGUACAGAGCGCUGGUCGUGUCCGACCUUUGCUCUCAUGGUUCUGUAAAGUGCCAUAUUGUUUAUUAGUAUAUGUGUCUGUACCUUGCAUGAUCUCAGUCAGUGUGUGUCCUCUGGGGAGGGAGGGGUAGGUGAAGCUGUGCUCUCACGUCAACGAUAGAGAGCCCACCUACGUGUGUCGCUCUGCAUGUGUGUUAAAAGUGUGUGUGUAGUU